AUGUCUAAAGAAUUUAGUAUUGUUGUUUGUGGUUCAGCGCGUGUUGGUAAAAGUACACUUGUUAAUGCUAUUUGUGGAAGAGAAGUUGCUCGAACAAGCGGCGGUUUAUGUGCUGAAACCGAUCGAAUGGACAAAUAUGUUAUCAAUCACAUUGGUGGUGCAAGUUCAAAUGAACAUACUAUAACGAUUUAUGAUACUCCAGGUAUUGAAUCAUGGACAGAAAAUCAUGUUCGAUCGUAUUUUACAAAAAUUAUGAACGAAAGUAAACCAGUUUGUAUGAUCUAUUGUGCAUCACCUGGUUCAUAUGCUCAACUUGAUCAAUUACAAUGGUUGAUUGAUACUUGUAUUAAAUCAAAUAUAUUUUGUGCAUUAGUUUGUACGAAUAAAUAUUGUGGAGGUUAUGACAGACGUACACAAGUAUUGCGAGAUUUCCAUUCACUUCUUAUUCGUUAUCAUGGCAUGACACGAGAUGAAGCAAAUAUUAAAUACUAUGGUAAUGUUGCUUUAUGUACAGCAGUAAAUAGUAUUGUCUAUGAAGAUAGAGAAUUCAAUGUAAGAAAAGAAAUUGAAGGAAUUAAUGAACUCAUUUUUGGUAUUUUAACAUCUUUAAAAAAUGAGAAAAUUGCAGGAUGGUGCUACACUAUCGCGAAUAAUCGGCCAUUUUGGGAGACUAUGCAGCCGAAGAUUAUCGCAUUUUUCGAAGUAGCAACACCAAUUGCAAUAAAAAUUAUUGAUAAACAUGGAAUGGAUAUUGCAAAUGUGCUAAUUAAUUUAAUUCUGCUUUCAAUUAAACGCGGUCGAUAA